UUAUUAGUAGCCUUUUCAGUGAUACCUAUAAUUGUACAAUUACUUGCUGCUAUACAUUGAAAUUGGUUGUACCUUCAAACGUAACCAUGUGUGGUUUGUGUGGCAAAUUGGUUAGCGGAUGUAAUGUCUUAUAGUUUGGAGAUUAUGUGGACGAGGAUAAACUCUCUAGCAUUAUCAUGCAGUAGAAGAUCAACUAUACCAUAUUGCAACAAACAAUGAAUUGUUAACAAGUUCAUGGAGUUUGCUCUUGUUGCUUUGGCAUACUUAAAUCUUGGAAGAUGUGGCCUAACUGAUGAUGGAUGUGACAAGUUUUCUGGACUUAAGAAUUUGAAGGUAUUGAACCUGCCAUUUGACAAUAUAACAGAUGCAUGUUUAGCGCACCUAAAAGGAUUAACAAAGUUGGAGAGCCUGAAUUUAGAUUCAUGUAAAAUUGGUGAUGAAGGCCUUGCUAAUUUGAUAGGCCUUUCACUCCUCAAAAGUCUAGAGUUGUCUGAUACUGAAGUUGGAAGCAGUGGGCUCCGAUACCUCUCUGGAUUGACACAUCUGGAGACCUUGAAUUUAUCAUUCAGUUUAGUGACUGAUAGUGGUUUACAAAAGUUGUCUGGAUUGACUGCUCUUAAGUCACUUAAUCUGGAUGCUCGCCAAAUUACAGAUGCUGGGCUGUUGGCUCUGACAAGUUUGACUGGACUGAUGCAUCUGGAUCUUUUUGGGGCUAGGAUUUCGGACACUGGAACAAAUUAUUUGCGAUGCUUCAAGAACCUCCAAUCCCUUGAAAUAUGUGGAGGUGGUUUAACUGAUGCUGGGGUGAAAAAUAUCAAAGAUCUUACCUCUUUAACGCUAUUGAACCUUUCACAAAACUGCAACCUGACAAACAAAUCCUUGGAACUGAUUUCAGGCCUGACCGCAUUGGUGUCAUUAAAUGUUUCAAAUUCUUACAUAACUAAUGAUGGUUUGCUGUAUUUAAAGCCUCUAAAGAAUUUACGGUCGCUAUCUUUGGAAUCCUGCAAGGUAACUGCCUCUGAAAUUAAGAAGCUCCAGUCAACUGCCCUUCCCAAUCUUGUCAGCUUUCGACCAGAAUAAUAUUGCUGGGGCAACUGUAACAUAUGCUGUAAAUAGCUGCUAUCACCUGGAGAUAGCUCUCUCAACAAUUCAAUAAAUAUAUGUUAAAACGUGAAAGGCUGCCUUACUAAUGGGGUCAGGGUAAUUGUGCUAAUUAUAUGGACAGUCAAUGACAGGUGAUUGUAAAUAUGUUUGGCUGCUGAAUUUGACAUUACCUCUUUUCUUGUUUCAAAAACAAACAAAUUUUGUACAUAUAAAUUUUAUGUUAAUUAACUAUUUUCUGCACAUUGUCUUCCAAGUUUUCAUCUGGAGAUUCAAAACAGAAGGCAAAAACCAGAGGGGAAGAGGUUUGACUGUGAGUUACACUCAAUCUGAGUAACUUGUUUCAGGGUAUGGUCUCAAUCACAAGCAUGUAAGCAGAAUUACAUGUUUGAAUGUUUGAUGAAAUGGAAGCAAAAGCUGAAAAUAAAUCCUCAAUCCUCAAUAACAUAUAGUACAACGAGAGAGUCUAUGUUCCUCAAUCCAGUGCAAAAAUCUAUUUCUUCAAAACUAGAAAUCAAAAUGAGAAACUUGCAGCUAGAAAUAACAAAUCAAUCAGGUAAGCAACAGCAAUCUCUAAAUUAUUUGCAACUAAAUAAUAA